CCAAAACACUAUGUCAAACGUUGAUGGUGAUAAUAAAGAUCCCAUGAGCUUGCUAGGUACUUAUUUACUACAAGGCUGGGUUAUGACGGACGAAACUUGUUCAAAAGAUGGAUGUUAUGUGCCUCUUAUGAGAUCUAAAGAUGGUCAAGUAAAGUUUUGUGUUAAUCAUGAUCAUCCUCUCCCUUCGACUGCUACAUCAACGUCUUCCUCUCUCACCGUGAAUAAAACUGUCGCAACCACCACAACGUCAUCUUCUACCAUAUCAACAGCAAUGCAAAAGAAAGAUCAAGAUCAAAUGGAUAAACCAAGUACCAUCAAAUUAUCAACCACAGAUGAUAGUGUUGAUAUCAUGCAGAAACGAAGAGAACAAUCCUCUAGAGCUUCUCAAUUGAUUGGACAAAAAAUGCUGCAAAGAUGGGCAUUAUUAAAUGACACAUGCCCUAAUCAUACCUGUUAUGCAAUUCCACUCGUACGUCAUCCAUCGAAUAAAUCCCUCUAUUGUGUUAUUUGUGAACAAACUUAUCCAUCUGAAAAUGAUAUCACUGUACUUGAACAACAACGAGAAGAAGAAAGUAAACAUCAGUUGGUAGAAACACCAAAGCCUAAUCAGGUUGCAAGAAAGGAUCAGUCAGAUUUGAUCAAUCAAGGUGAAAAACUAGAUAUCGAUCAACCUAUCUCCUCUACACUUUCUCAAGUCAUUCCACAUUCUCCUAUGGGAUCACCUGUCACGGAUCGGUCUAUUAAGCGGCAAAAGUCUAUUAGUCAAUCAAAUACGAUACCUCACUACUUGGAAAAAUGUAGAAAUAUUACUGAUAAUGUUAUACAAUGCCUUACAGACAAAAUGACAAAGUUGACCGACGAUAUCGAUCAAUGCACUGACCCAGCAAAACUUGCAUUGUUGUUCCAAGCUGUUCAACAUUGUUCCUAUGCCAUACAAGCUACUGCUACUUGUAAAGAUGCCUGCGAUAAGUUAUGAUGUUUUUAAAAUAGUAUGUAAAAUAAAUAAAAAGAUAUAUAUUUUAGUAUAUGUGCUGCAUUUUAAAUCAACAUGAGAUAGAUAUGUUCCCUCUUUAUACUUUUGUAUUCCACUCAAACGUCAUCAUCAUCA